UUCCGUACUUGGCUUGCGUGCUUCAUUCAAGCCUUAGUCUACAUUCGUUGGCCAAUAAAGUGGAUUACUAACUGCAGAAAUGUCGGAGACCGUCAAGCCACUAACUUCAUUUUUAAUCGAGGACAUCUUGUCCAUUAAAGAUAAGACACUGCUAAACUUUCCGUGCUCUUCUUCACACAAGUCCAAGGAGGGAUGCGCUCAAUGGAAUAACCAACAGCCCGAUCAGGUAUCACAGUCAGUGGAACUUUGGGCACAGCAUACAGCAUUUGGAGCGCGGAAAGAUUCCAUUGCCAGCUCUAGUUCCAGCACCCCAGAUGCUAUGAAAAGUUUUACAUCAGCGGGCAAACAGAAGCGCUCGCGCGCUGCCUUUACGCAUCUGCAAGUGCUAGAACUGGAGACUACAUUUAACCACCAGAAGUACCUGUCCGCUCCUGAAAGAGCCCAUCUUGCCAACACCUUGAGACUGACCGAGACGCAAAUUAAAAUCUGGUUUCAGAACAGAAGAUACAAAACCAAACGCAAGCAGCAAGCUACGGAGUACUAUAAGGACACAUUUCAAAAGUCAGAAGGACUAUGUACAGAGGACGAUUUAGUCAGAGCAUCACUUCUCACCACGUUGUACAAAACAUAUCAAUACCGACCAUAUGUGUAUGACUUUAAUCGCACAUGGAGACCAACACUAUGGUGAACAUUAAAUAUACUGGACAAUAUUCAUGUCAAUAUGGUAACAUAGGUAUUUGAUCUAUUCAGCAGAGUAACUUGUCAUAUUUUUUCAUAAUCUACUUUUCUAUGGCUAUACACUGUAACCUACCUAUGUCAUAAACUGUCAGCUGUCAUUUAUUUAUAUUUAUUUUUAUUCAAAUUUAUGUUGCAAGAAAAUAAAGGGUGACUGAUUUGAAAUUGA